AUGGAUGCGGCUCUGCUGGACCUAAGCGGGAUAGGCGCUAGCGCUAAGCGCGUCGGGACGUUUUCGCGAUCUUCGGGCAGACUCUCGCUCGGACAUCGAUCGCAUGUAAGUCUCCCACCCCAAGGAAUGGGACUAGAGAUACCUCCUGCCAUGGCGCAGAGUCUCGAAACCAGGCCCACCGUGUCCGAUCUCCAGGGGGACAAUCGCUGGGUAAACCUUGCCAGGACUCAUUGGCUCAAGGAAACCCAGGUCCGCAAGGUUAAACAGGAUGUCAUCAAGAAGGAGAUCUGGGAUCCGCUGGAGGCAGAGGGGUUCUCUCUUCGCUCUCUUUUGACGCUGGAGAAUCUGAAUAUCCUGGAGAAGUUGGUCCCCUCUUGGUUUCUGUGGCCGACAUACACGGAGGACUCGUCGAACUACCAUGUCUUGCUGAUUACCGUGAUUGUUGGCGUCAAGCAACGCGAGCAUCUACCAAUAUGGGAGCACUUCAGCGACCGUCCAGACGAUUUUUCCACUCUUUUCCAUCGUAUCCUCUCUAUGAGCCUAGACCAGUCGCUUUCGACAUUCUCGCGAUUGUCGCUUUUGUCGUUUAUCAUCAGUGGCUUUCAGUCACUAGAGAAUAACCUGAUCAGGAAAGAAUGCGCGCCUCUGGUUUCAAUUUCAAUAUGGCAUAAUCUGUCCAGCGACGAGGCCAGAGAACGAAUUCUUGAAAGAGCAGCGAUAUUGAAGAAAGCGUGGAGGGCGGCUGCGAAGCGGUACGAGGCAGCUGAUGAGUCGACUAAGGCAAAGAUCCGUUUCGAGCGGUCGUGGCUUUAUACCAUGUUGCUUGAUUUCAUACAGAGAUUGAACGGUCCGGAGAAGAAUCAGGCGGAGAACGUGCGAUAUUGCGAAAGGUUCCUGGAAUUGCUGGUUGACCUAGAUAGCCAACUUCCAACGAGGCGCUAUGUCAAUACUCUUCUCAAGGAUCUGAACAUUCUUCCCAUACUCCGGCUUUCGCGACUCUACAAUCUCCCGAACAAUGUCCUGAUACGUGAUUUUUACUCGUUGCUGCGACAUUUUGUCAACUUUGCCAUUGACGACUAUACAGGCGAGCCUCUCUCUUCCCAGGCUGCUUAUGACAUUCAUUGCCAGCAACUAGGUCAGCUGCAGAGGAUUGCCAUCAAACACUUCAAGGACAAGUUGACUAUUCUAGCACUUUCGAAUUACGGUGCCAUUGAACAGCGCGCGGACCUGGAAGCUAAUCUAUCGGCUUUGGAUGACUCUGAACUCCAGGACCUCUGUACCCGCCUUGGCUUCAGGACCAGUUACCCGAAACAAGCGCAGGUGGUACCCGACAGGAAUCUAUACCUCGAAAUUCUUGUUUCGCACUUUGAACGGAAGCCGUCAUUCCAGGAGUCUGCUGCCAGCUUGAGUAUCGUACCGACGGAAGAAAAUCUCUAUGAGCCUGCUCUGUUGCGAAACGAGACAUAUGAUGGAUCGAGGCCGCUCGCCAUACCCAAGCUCAAUCUUCAGUAUUUGAGUCUGGGUGACUUCCUUUGGCGUUCGUUUCUGCUGUAUCGCUCUGAGGCGUUCUUCGAAAUCCGCAAGGAUCUCGAGGCGGUUGUGAAACGGAUGCAGCCACGCUCAGGCAAGGGGGGCAAGGACAUAAUCUUUGAAGGGUUCUCUCGGAUGGGUAUUCCCAUCUCCAAGCCGGCAAUCAUUGAAGUUGCUCCACCCAAGGUCGGAUCAACGAAACCGGCAUUUGUUCGGGCUGAGAUCAUCCUGGAAGUGGGACGUCUGACCGAGAAUGUACUAAGAGAGUGGGAGGAGUUACGACCAGACGAUGUUGUCUUUCUGCUUGCUGUCACCUCGGGAGACUCGUCAACAUCACUCAGCACGAGUGCAGGGAAUAAUGCAGCUAAUGUGCCAGUCAUAAGCCAUAUUCGAACUGCUGAAAUUGUGCAAGUUCUCGAUGAAAACGGCCGCGUUCUUCGUGAACCACAGCCCGGCCAGGAGAAUAGUUACGCUCGCAAACCGCGCAUCAGGAGGUUACUCGUGAACCUGGAUGCUGCAGCCUUCAAAGCCGACACCGACAGAGUGUCGAAAGGGAAGCAGGAUAUCUACCCCUUGAUCAAUGUGAUCGUGAGGAGGAAGGGGAGGGAGAACAACUUUAAACCGGUACUCGAGACGAUGCAGAAGCUAAUCACCACCGAUAUUGCACUUCCGUCCUGGCUUCAGGAGAUCUUCCUCGGAUAUGGAGAUCCUGCCAGUGCGCGAUAUACAGAAUUGCCGAAUCGGGUCAAAUCCAUCGAUUUCCGAGACACUUUCUUGGACUGGCAACAUUUGGUGGAGAGUUUCCCUGGAAAGACGAUAGAGCCCUCGGGCAAUGCGAGCUCCAGCUUUGGGCCCCCAUACGUGUUGGAAACUGUAGACGAGGUUCCUAAGACGAGUACAGCAAACCAGUCGAAAAAGCGACGUCGUGGCCAGGUGGAUGCACAAAGCGAACCUGGGUCGAUCCACGUAUCGACUUACAAACCCCCUAAUCCUGGGCCUUAUCCGGUUGAUGCUCCUAAGGUCAAUACCAUCCGUUUCACGCCUGCCCAAGUGGAAGCAAUCACAUCAGGUACCCAGCCUGGGCUUACCGUGAUUGUUGGGCCCCCUGGAACUGGGAAGACAGACGUGGCCACGCAGAUUAUAAACAAUAUUUACCAUAACUUCCCGAACGAGCGAACACUGCUUGUGGCACACAGCAAUCAGGCUCUCAACCAGCUGUUCCAGAAAAUUGUCGCCCUUGACAUUGACGAGCGCCAUCUUCUACGACUUGGUCACGGUGAAGAGGAAUUAGAGACGGAAUCCAGCUAUAGCAAAUAUGGACGGGUCGAGUCGUUCCUUGAAAAUCGCACCCAUUUACUGGCCGAAGUAAAUCGGCUAGCCGCUUCGAUUGGGGCACAAGGAGCACACGGGAAUUCCUGUGAGACUGCAGGAUACUUCAAUUCUGUCUAUAUCCAGCCGGCCUGGACGAAAUUCUGGGACAAGGCACGUUCGCCCGACGCUUCCAACGACGACAUCAUCAAAGCCUUCCCAUUCCAUGCCUACUUUUCCAACGCACCGCGCCAUGUUUUUGAGCCCGACGCCUCCAAGGAGGAGCUGCUGGAUGCUGCAGCCGGUUGCCAACGACACCUUGAUAGGAUAUUCUCUGAGCUGGAGGACAUUCGACCUUUCGAGAUUCUACGGCAGCCGCGGGACCGGGCAAACUACCUCCUCAUCAAGGAGGCUCGGAUAAUCGCCAUGACAUCUACGCAUGCGGCGAUGCGGCGGCAGGAGAUUGCCGAUCUUGGCUUCCAUUACGAUAACGUGGUGAUGGAGGAGGCCGCCCAGAUCACGGAGAUCGAAACGUUCAUACCUUGCGCUCUGCAAAACAUGCAGAACGGGGAGCUACCGUUGAAGCGGGUCGUUCUGUGCGGAGAUCAUUUCCAAAAUUCUCCCAUCAUACAGAACCUCGCGUUCCGGCAGUAUGCCAAUUUUGAACAGAGUCUGUUCCUCCGGUUAGUGAGGCUGGGUGUGCCAACAAUCACUCUCGACCUGCAAGGGCGAGCGCGGCCCAGCAUUGCGGAACUGUUCCAGUGGCGGUAUCCCCAGCUUGGGCACCUCCCUAUUGUUGAGGAGGACCCGCAAUUCAAGAUCGCCAACGCGGGUUUCCAGUUCGACUACCAGUUCAUCAAUGUUCCUGAUUACCAGGGGGUGGGUGAAAGAGAACCGUCACCUCAUUUCAUCCAGAACCUUGGUGAAGCGGAAUAUGCGGUGGCGAUCUACCAGUACAUGCGGCUGCUCGGCUAUCCGGCAUCAAAGAUAUCGAUCCUUACGACGUACGCAGGACAGAAGGCCUUGAUAAAAGAUGUUCUGAACCACCGCUGCGCCAAGAACGCGUUGUUCGGGCUGCCUAAGAUCGUGACGACCGUGGACAAAUACCAGGGCGAACAGAAUGACUAUGUCAUUCUCUCGCUCGUGCGAACACGGACAGUCGGGUAUCUCCGGGACGUCCGUCGUCUGACGGUAGCACUGUCGCGUGCACGACUCGGGCUGUACAUCCUCGGACGGCGCGAGGUCUUCGAGUCAUGUUUCGAGCUCAAGCCCGCCUUUGAUCUCCUCGGCCAGCGGCCCGACAAGCUCAUGCUCGUUCCGGGGGAGAUGUUCCCCACAUCGCGGUCCCUGACGGAGGAGGUCGAGGGCACGCCGAUGGAAGGCGUCGAGCACCUGGGGCAGUACGUCUACGAGAUGACGGAAGCGAAGAUCAAAUCACUAGGCGAGGAGAUGACGACCAUUACAGAGGUCGACGCCACUACGAAUGGUGAAGAACCGGUCGUCGAUGAGGACGAAGUGAUGCUAGGAGCGGGCGAAGAAGAUGACGAAGAGGUGCUGGACCGUUAA